CGGGUCGGAUGAGGAACUUGUGACAGAGUGUCAGUCUCCUAGGUUGCAGCGAUGGCGGCGGAGCUUCAUCUGGGGUCGGCGCGAACAACGGAUACGGCCACCGCCUCCAGUUUUCAGAGCUUCCGUGUGCGGCACCUGCACUUAGAGCUGCGAGUCGACUUCGGUCAGCGGCGGCUGGAGGGCCGCGCCGUGCUGGAGCUGAGCUGCUUGCGGCCCGAGGGCGGGCAGCUUCGGCUGGACACCCACGCCAGCCUCAGCGUGCACGCUGUCCGGGCUAAGUGCGGCGGCGCCGGCUCCCCCUCUGUCCCCCUGCACCAUGAGACGCAGCCGUUCACCAGCUACGGCUCCAUCCUGGUGCUCACUCUGCCCGGCCCUUGUCACCCGGGGGACCAGCUGGAAGUCACUAUCGACUACACGGCCACCGAUGGGCCAGGGGUUGUUUGGCUGAACCCUGAACAGACAGCAGGAAAAAUAAAACCUUAUCUCUUCACCCAAGGUCAAGCUGUCUUAAACAGAUCUUUCUUCCCUUGCUUUGAUACCCCAGCUGUUAAAAGCACUUAUUCCGCCUCUAUUAAGGUUCCUGAAGGUUUUACUGCUGUUAUGAGUGCAACUAACUGGGAACACGAUGAAAAGGAAAAUGUAUUCCACUUCAAAAUGGAACACCCAAUUCCUGCAUAUCUUGUUGCUUUGGCAGUUGGUGACAUUGUGUCUGCAGAGGUUGGACCAAGGAGCCGUGUCUGGACUGAGCCGUGUCUGCUUGAAGCUGCUAAGGAAGAAUUUAAUGGUGUAAUUGAAGAGUUCUUGACAGUUGGUGAGAAGUUGUUUGGACCAUAUGUAUGGGGAAGGUAUGAUCUUCUCUUCAUGCCGCCGUCUUUCCCUUUUGGUGGGAUGGAGAAUCCUUGCAUUACGUUUGUUACUCCAUGUCUGUUGGCUGGAGAUCGGUCAUUGGCUGAUGUCAUCAUCCAUGAGAUUUCUCACAGCUGGUUUGGCAAUCUGGUAACGAAUGCCAACUGGGGAGACUUCUGGCUAAAUGAAGGAUUCACAAUGUAUGCUCAGAGGAGAAUUUCAACUGAAAUUUACGGUCCAGAGUACACUUGUAUUGAAGCUGCCACAGGGAGAGCCCUCCUUCGUCAACACAUGGAUAACUCUGGAGAGGACCAUCCCCUCAAUAAACUGAAGGUUAAAAUUGAUCAAGGGAUUGAUCCAGAUGAGACAUAUAAUGAAACUCCCUACGAAAAAGGCUAUUGCUUUGUAUCCUAUUUAGCUCACCUUGUGGGUGAUCAGAGCACAUUUGAUGCUUUCCUUCGGGCCUAUGUGAACAAAUUCAAAUUCCAAAGUAUUGUGGCGGAAGACGCUUUAUGUUUUUAUUUAGAGUAUUUCCCAGAACUCAAGAAACAAGAUAUCGAGAAAAGACCAGGAUUUGAAUUUGAUUGUUGGCUGAAUACUCCUGGAUGGCCACCUUACUUGCCAGACCUUUCAUGUGGUGAUGCUCUCAUGAAACCAGCGGAAAGCUUGGCUUCACUAUGGUUGGCUACGGAGCUGAACAUGGAUGCCAUCAAAGCUGUUGACAUAUGCUCAUGGAAAACCUACCAGAUUGUGCACUUCCUUGAUAAACUACUGGAAAAGUCACCUUUGCCUCCAGGAAAUGUUGCUAAGAUGGGUGAAGUGUACCCAAAUGUCUCCAGUUCCAAGAAUGCUGAACUACGUUUUCGCUGGGUACAGAUAAUUGUGAAAAAUAACCACACAGAUGCAUUUGAUGAACUUCACAAAUUUCUACAGAGUCAGGGUAAACAGAAGUACACAGUUCCCGUUUAUCGAGCCAUGUGGUCUGGAUCUGAAAGGACACGCAAGUUAGCACAGGAGAUUUUUGCAGCUACAGGAAAUCAACUUCACAAAAAUGUACAGAAUUAUGUGAAAAAAAUCAUUUGUAAUUAAGAUUCACUAAUGAUGUAAUUUAAAUGAAUAGCUUCCAGGAAAUCUUUGAAUAUUAUACUUCAUAAUAUUUGUGGCUCUAUAAACUUCAUUGUUUUCAGAUUUAAAUUGGGUAAAUCAAUUCAUGCUUCCAAAAUUGCCAUGAUAUUCUUUGUUGUACUAAUGUGUUCUUUCCUGUGUGUUUGCCAAGAACAGAUCUGGGUUAGAUCUGUCAAAUUCAAUUGUAUGCAUAUCUUAUUAGCACAUGUGAGCUGCAAAAAUAUUUGGAAGUGUUUCACAUAACCAAAGUUCAAGUGGAUUUAUUAUUAAAGUGUAUAUAUGUCACCAUACACAACCCUGAGAUUCAUUGUCUUGCAGUUAUACUCAAUAAAUCUGUAGAAUAAUCACCAUAAUGGAAUCAAUGAAAGACUGCACCAAAUUGGGCAUUCAACCAGUGUGCAAAAGACAACAAACUAUGCAAAUACAAAUAAAGAAAUAAUAAAUAAAUAACCAAUAAAUAGCGAGAACAGAUAAGGAGUCCUUAAAAGUGAAUCAGUAGGUUGUGGGAACACCUCAAUGUUGGGGAUGAGCAAGUUGUUCCUUCCGGUUCAAGAACCUGAUACCUGAGUGGUGUAGGUCCUGAGGCUCCUAUACCUUCCAGUUAGCAGCAGUGAGAAGAGAGUAUAACCUGUGUGGGGUCCCCAGUGAUGGUGCUGUUUUCCUGCAAUAGCAUUUUGUGUAGGUGUGCUUAGGGAUGUGGAGGGCUUUACACGUGAUGGACUGGGCCCGAUCCACUACUUUCAGUAGGAUUUUCUAUUCAAAGGCUGUGAUGCAGCCAGACCAUAUACUCUCCACCAAACAUGUGUAGAAGUCUAAGAAGAGGAGCUACUGUAUUUUCUUCAUAAUUACACUUGUGUGUUGGGCCAGAACAGAUCAUCCAAAAUAACAGCACUGAGGAAUUUAAAGUUGCGGACCCUCUCCAUCUCUACUGCUCUGAUGAGGACUGGCUGAUGGAUCUCUGCUUUCCAUCUCCUGAAAUCAAUAAUCAGCUCCUUAGUCUUGCUAAACCAGAUUUUCAAUCUCCCUCCUGUAUGCUGAUUUGUCACCAUCUUUGAUUCAGCCUAUGACAGUGGCGUCAUCAGCAAACGUGAAUUAUGGCAUUGGAACUGUGCUUAGCCACAGAGUCAUAUGUAAAGUGAGUAGAGCAGAAGACAAAGCACACAGUCUUGUGGUGCACCAGUGCUGAUGGAGAUUGUGGAGAUGAUGAUGCCAAUCUGAACUGACUGGGGUCUGCAAGUGAGGAAAUUGAGAAUCCAAUUGGAUUGUGCUCUUGUGGAUCUUUGCUCAGGUACUUUUAAUGUUUCAUGCCUCUUUCAAUAGUCAUCAUCAUCUUGGUGUAUUCCUACUACUGACUUUCUCUUCUAAAUCAUUUCUAUGGAAAUAUUUGUAUUUGGUAGCAAAAUCAAUAUUUUUGAAAGGAAAAUUAGGCCAGUGCAUAAUCAAAGGACACUCAGUAUGUGUGCAAACUGGAAUCUGUACAAUGAAUAAAGUUGUUACCACAAACAAGGCAAGCUUUGAUAU